GGAGAGGUAGACUGUCAGUCUGUUGUAAAGGCAGUGCUACGUGCACUGAGCUCCCGGCUUUUGUCUUAAGAGCUGAAGACUCACGUCGUCAUUCAGUCACUAUUUCAAAAUGAAGCGUGUGUGGGUGAUAGGUGUUCUUUUUGCACUUUUAGCCUUUGCUUCUGUGAAGGCAGAGGAUGAAGUUGACAUCGAUGGGACUGUAGAUGAUGAUCUUGGUAAAAGCAGGGAUGGCUCCAGAACAGAUGACGAGGUGGUGCAGAGGGAAGAGGAAGCUAUUCAGCUGGAUGGAUUAAAUGCAUCUCAAAUCAAGGAACUUAGGGAGAAGUCUGAAAAGCAUGCUUUCCAGGCUGAAGUUAACCGCAUGAUGAAGCUGAUCAUCAAUUCCCUGUACAAGAACAAGGAGAUCUUCCUCAGGGAGUUGAUUUCCAAUGCCUCAGAUGCUCUCGAUAAGAUCCGUUUGUUGUCUUUGACUAAUGAGGAUGCACUGGCUGGCAACGAAGAGCUAACAAUCAAAAUAAAAUCGGAUAAGGAGAAAAACAUGCUCCACAUCACUGACACUGGAAUUGGUAUGACAAAAGAAGAACUGGUGAGGAACCUGGGCACAAUUGCGAAGUCUGGCACGAGCGAGUUCCUCAACAAGAUGACAGAGAUGCAGUCUGAAGGGCAGUCGACUUCAGAGCUGAUUGGCCAGUUUGGUGUCGGUUUCUACUCUGCUUUCCUCGUUGCAGACAAAGUCAUUGUGACUUCGAAGCACAACAAUGGCACCCAGCACAUCUGGGAGUCUGACUCCAAUCAGUUCUCUGUCAUUGAGGAUCCCCGUGGAGACACAUUGGGAAGAGGAACCACCAUCACACUGGUUAUGAAAGAGGAGGCCACCGAUUAUCUGGAACUGGAGACCAUCAAGAACCUUGUCAGGAAGUACUCUCAAUUUAUCAACUUCCCCAUCUAUGUUUGGGCCAGCAAGACUGAAACAGUUGAGGAACCCAUUGAAGAAGAUGCUGAGGAACCAGAGAAAGAAGCUGCUGAAGAUGAGGCUGAGGUAGAAGAAGAGGAUGAAGACAAAGAUAAGCCAAAGACUAAGAAGGUUGAGAAGACUGUGUGGGACUGGGAACUGAUGAAUGACAUCAAGCCCAUCUGGCAGAGACCAGCUAAGGAGGUUGAGGAGGAUGAAUACAAAGCUUUCUACAAGACUUUCUCUAAGGACAGUGACGACCCCAUCGCCCAUAUCCACUUCACUGCUGAGGGUGAGGUUACCUUCAAAUCCAUCCUGUUUGUACCAAAUGCAGCUCCUCGUGGCCUUUUUGAUGAAUAUGGUUCAAAGAAGAAUGACUACAUCAAGCUGUUUGUCAGAAGAGUUUUCAUCACAGACGACUUCAAUGACAUGAUGCCCAAGUACCUGAACUUCAUCAAGGGAGUUGUUGACUCUGAUGACCUUCCCCUGAAUGUGUCCCGAGAGACUCUACAGCAGCACAAACUGCUCAAGGUUAUCCGCAAGAAGCUGGUGCGUAAGACCCUGGACAUGAUCAAGAAGAUUGCAGAGGAACAGUACAAUGAUAAGUUCUGGAAGGAGUUUGGCACAAACAUCAAGCUGGGUGUCAUUGAAGAUCACUCCAACAGGACUCGCCUGGCCAAGCUGCUGCGUUUCCAGACCUCCAACAGCGACACAGUCCUGGCCAGUCUGGAGCAGUAUGUGGAACGCAUGAAGGAGAAACAGGACAAGAUCUACUUCAUGGCUGGUACCAGCAGAAAGGAGGCUGAGUCUUCUCCUUUUGUGGAGAGGCUGCUGAAGAAGGGCUAUGAGGUGAUCUACUUGACAGAACCUGUGGAUGAGUACUGCAUCCAGGCUUUGCCUGAGUUUGAUGGAAAACGCUUCCAGAACGUUGCAAAGGAGGGUAUCAAAUUUGAUGAAAGUGACAAAGCCAAGGAAAAGAGGGAAGCCCUGGAGAAGGAAUAUGAGCCCCUCACCACUUGGCUGAAGGACAAAUCUCUGAAGGACAAGAUUGAGAAGGCCAUCUUGUCUCAGAGGCUUACCAACUCACCCUGCGCUUUGGUCGCCAGUCAGUACGGCUGGUCUGGAAACAUGGAGAGGAUCAUGAAGGCACAGGCUUAUCAGACAGGAAAAGACAUUUCAACAAAUUAUUAUGCCAGUCAGAAGAAAACAUUAGAAAUCAACCCCAAUCAUCCUCUUAUCAAGAAGAUGCUUAAACGAGUCAAUGAUGACGCUGAGGACCAGACGGCGGCAGAUCUGGCUGUAGUUCUGUUUGAGACGGCCACACUGCGCUCAGGCUACCAGCUGGCUGACACAAAGGCUUAUGGGGACCGGAUAGAGCGCAUGCUCCGACUCAGCAUGGACGUACCUCUGGACGAACAGAUUGAAGAAGAGCCAGAGGAGGAACCUGAAGAGCCUGCAGAGGAUGACUCUGAAGAUAAAGAGGACGAAAUUGUAGAUGAGGACGAAGAUGACGAAUCGACAAAAACAGACAAAGAUGAACUGUGAAGCACUGAAUGGAGGAGCAUGUAACAAUGGAGCUGGAAAGUGGAUCUGAUUCAUGUUCCAGAACCACCGUGGUUGAUGUUAUCCUGGGUGGGGUCCCUGGGUUGGGGGUUUUUUAAGGCGAGCAUUGUUUCUGUUUUCUUUUUUUUUUUUUCUUUUCUUUUUUUUUUUUUUUACAUUCCUCAUGACUGUAAAUUUGUUAAUAUUUAACUGACCUGUUUAUGGAAAGAAGCGAUCCUGUCUCAUGAUCGAAUAAAUGUUUCCUGGAAAAAAGGA